AUGUUGAUGGAGUACACACUAAAGAUUUUGAGAGAUUCCGAAAAUGUUGCAGGGUUUAGUGUUGGAGUUUUCUUAGUUAUUUGUCUCUUGGUUUUGUUGGCACUUAUUUUGAUUCAAAGGAAGUGUAGGAGAGAAAGGAAGAGGCAGGAAAUGGAAGAUUGGGAGUUGGAGUAUUGGUCACACAGAAUGGUGUAUGAAGAAAUUGAGGCAACAACAAAGGGGUUUUCUGAGGAUUAUGUGAUUGGGGUUGGUGGGAAUGGGAAAGUCUACAGGGGUGUUUUAAGAGGAGGGGUGGCGAUUGUUUUGAAGUGCAUUUCUCAUAAAAAUGAUGGUGUGCAACAAUUUCUAGCUGAAGUUUCAAGCCUUGGGAGACUGAAACAAAGGAAUUUGGUGGGGUUGAGAGGUUGGUGCAAGAAAGAUGUUAGGAGUUUCUUGUUAGUCUAUGACUACAUGGAAAACUGUAGCUUGGACAAGAGGGUGUUUGAUUGUGAUGAGAGCAAGAUGUUAAGUUAUUUUAGUAGAAUAUCUCCACUUCAUUUAAGGAAAUUUGGAUAUGACUUGAUAACUCUAUUAUAA